AUGGCCAAAAAGAGAGCGAUUUCAAUCCACUCCCGCGCCGCUCGUCGCGCAACAGACAUCGACAUCGACACCGACAAAUCUCUAAAAGAAGUCCAGCCUCCUCCCCGCGAUGCCCCCCAUCGUCCCUCCGUCCUAGCAGCCCAGCACUCAGCCGGCAUCUCGAAAAAGGCCAAGCGCGGUCGCAAGGACAAAAUGUCGGCAAAGGCGCGCCAGCGACAUGAGAAGGGUCUUGAGAUGGCUGCUGCUGUUGCGGAGCGCACACAGAACAAGAUUGAGAAGAGCAAGGGUCGUAGCAGAAAUAUUCAGACGCGCGCUAAGAACUGGGAGGAGAUCAAUAGGGCUGCUGAGGAGGCUGAGAGAGCUGCUGAGGAAGCUGAUAAGGCGAGGGAUAUUGCCAAUGAGGAGGCUAAGAAGGACGAGGGCGAUGAGGACAUGGAUGGCGCAGACGAGAAGACUUUGACGGCGCCUGUGACAGAUGACAGUGCCGCUAUCCCUACAAACUCUGUUCAAGCGGACGAAGAUGGUGAUGAGAUCUUGUAA